AUGGCAACUGGGGACUCUAACGAUUCCAACGAUGCCAAUGAUGACGGCUUCAACUUCGGACAAGAACCAUUCGCCUGGGCUCUCAUCCCCUUAUUCGUCAUCCUCAUCCUUGGAUUGACAGCAACUGUCAUCCAAAUCAGACGUCGGCGCCGCCGUCGUGGAAACCAAUGGCCCAGCUCAAAUCCCCAAACACCCACAUAUUCGGGACUUCGUGGCGGUAGAACAACAAAUCGCGGAGCCCUAUGGAAUGGCACUAGGUCUCAGGAAGGUCUGAACGAGCUUGGACAGGCGCCGCCACCGUAUGAUGGCAAGAAGGAGAGGCAGGAUCUAUUGGAACUGAGAGAUCUUGAAGCUGGUGGCAGUCCACCCGAGUAUCCUUUUGAACCGCCACCAGCUCUUGUGACGGAUGGUCGGAGAUCUUGA